AUGCGUCCAACUGUCAGACCAAGAAUACGACCGAUAGUACUGAUCACAGGAGCCGACAGAGGCUUGGGAUUGGGUCUGGCUCAUGAGUACUCUAGAAGAGAAUGGAAGGUUGUAAAUGCCGUCAGGGAUCCUUCGACCAUCCCAACCCUAGAAGGUGUAUGUGUAAUCAAAAUCGACGCCGCUGAAGUGGAGGAUGCGAAGAAUGCUGUGAACAAUCUAACAGAGAAGUAUGGUAUCGAUCAUAUUGAUGUAGUGAGGAUAGCGAAUUCAGCUGUCGGGAUCCAGUCUGAGCCUAUCCUCGACAUCACCCCAUAG